GGUUCACACACCUCUGGCAAUUCCACUGUAGCUGUAAUGUACUCUUGGUUGGUCACUUAUACAAAUCAUCAGAUAUGUGCUUGCUUCUGUUCACAAAUCCUAAGGAGAUACCCACUGACAGAUACACAGCAUUCACUCAUGUAGUGUCUGAAUCAACGUUCCUGCUCUGGCGGGAGAGACCUUUUGGAUAAAACAACCUCUUAACAGUAGAGAAAAUCCCUGCUAGCUACCAAUAUGUAUCAACCUAGUCCUUUGUCAAUAAAUAAGAAUGGAUCACCAUGGAUCAUUUAGACAUUUGAGGCAAAUCAAUAGCAUGAAAGUGGAGAAUCAAGUUUAACCAAAUGAAUGGUAGUGGCAGAAAGGCUAGCUGUCUACCAAAGAUUAGUGAUCUCCAUUCAUGGCAUACAGCUUUCCUGGAAUCAAAUGCCCAGCCAGUGGCAGCAUUUCCCAGACACCUUCGCAGCCAGGUAGGGUCAUGUGACUAGCUCUCACUAGAGAGCUCUUAACCACAUUAAAGCAGAUGUGGUAAGAGUCAUUUCUUGGCCAAAGCAAUCAAGAAGCUAGUUUGUCUUUCCCACUUACUUCUUUCCCCAUAGCUUCUGCACUUAUUUCUUCUACUCAAAUGUCACCACUUCAGAGACCUUCCCUGAUAUUCCUAAAUAAAAUAGCUCACACUCUGUCCUUGCUCCAUCACUCUUAAUCUAGCCCAUUGCCCUGCUUUACUUGUUCUUAUAGCACUUUUCACCAUGUGAUUUUUGAUUAAAUAUAUCUGUUUAUGUGUUGUAAACAAUCUAUCUUCCCCACUAUAAUAAAAACUCCAUGAGGGCAGGGAAUUUAAUUUAUUGCAGCUAUAUCCCAGCCUCUACAGCAGUGCAUAUAACCUAUCAAACAUUCAGUAUAUAGAGAGAAUGAAUGAUUAAAGCUUUUAUGGUGGGCAAAUGCAUGUGCCUCAAGAAGGAGUAUCAUAUCAUUCAGUUUUUAGUUAGGUAUCCAUACUGAGGUUGUCAACGAGUGCUAGAGGAACUCAAGGACAGUUUUGCAUCCUUCACGUAUAAAUAGACCCAGCGGGGUGAAGCUUCAAAAAGUCUAAGGCUACAAUUUCCAGGUGAGUAUAUUGACAAGGGUUGAGGGAAGAUAUUGAAUUUUUGCUGCACCCACCCUUGUUCACAGUGGUCUGUGGGCUCUGUCACUUCCAGUACAGUUCUUGGCUAUAGUGAGAAGCUGCAGGAUGCUUAAGUACUCUCUGAGGGCUGCUGUUUUGUUCAGCUUUCAAACAAUACAGAAGUGCGAAAAUUAGGUCACACCUCCUGAAAUUUAAAUAACGAAACAUUCUACCUAGCUUCAUAAUACCCUGGUUCUCCAACUGCUAUAUUUCAUUGUGCCUGUAAAUGGGAAUUAUUAUUUUUGGUUUAGUAUCACAACUUGAGGUGAAUUUCUGCCCACCCCUAUCCCUGGCCAUUGUGGGGGAACUGACAUGUUUUAUUAUUUAUUCUUGCUCCUCAGAAUGGAUUGGGAUGAUGAAUAUUCUCAUAAUUCUUUUGACCUACAUUGUUUGUUAAACUCAUUUCCUGGAGACUUGGAGAUUGAGCAGAUCUUCAGUGACAUUGAUGAAAAGAUUGAACAAAAUGCUGCAAGCAUAGAACAUUGCAUUAAAGAGAUACGGUCCGAAAUUAACAAACAGUGUCCAGGUGUGCAGCUGCAAACAACAACUGACUGCUUUGAAUGGCUAACUAACUAUAAUUACAGUACAUCUGAGUCAUCUUUCAUUUCCCAUGGAGACUUGAUAAAAUUUCUCAAAACACUGCAACAUUUGUUGAAGAAUGAACAAAAUCAAGAAGAAAUGACAUUGGAUUUACUUUGGGACCUCUCCUGCCACAGCAGCGUUUCAUUCCCAUCAACUCUAAGUGGAACACCGUUCCAUUUCCUCUCUAGGACGUCUCUUCAUUCUGUUGAAGAUAAUUCCUCUAUGGAUGUCAAGUCUAUAUGGGAUGAUAUAAGACUGCAUCUUCGACGCUUCUUAGUGAGCAAAUUACAAAGCCAUAAUGAAAUAAACAAUUCACAGCAAAAAAUUUUAUUGAAAAAGCAGUGCUUACAACAACUCUUGUUUCUUUAUCCAGAAUCAGAAGUUAUAAUCAAAUACCAAAACAUACAGAAUAAACUGUUGGCUAAUCUUCUGCGAAACUGCUUUCCUUCUUACAACAGAGAUUCAAAUUUAGAUGUAAUAGUUCAUGGAUAUCAAAGUACAAUGCUUAAGUUAUACUCAAUAAUAAAAGAGGACUUUAAGACACUAUGUGAAAUUUUAGCUCCAUCCUCAAUGGUGAAAUUCAUUAAAGAAACUUACCUGGAUACUGUUACAGAAGAAAUGGCAAAAUUUCUUGAAAAUUUUUGUGAGCUGCAGUUCAGAGAAAAUGCUGUUCGUGUGGUUAAAACAAGCAAGAGCUCCAGCAAGCAUAGAGGAGCAGUGCAUGCUUUGGUUACUCCUGAAUGCCCACAGAAAGGAAGAAACUUCUCUCUCCCUUUAGACAAAGUUGAAUUCUUAUCGCAGCUCAUAAAAUCCUUUAUGAAACUGGAAAAAGGUGUUCAAGAAUUGUUUGACGAAAUACUUUUAUCACUCAAGAUAACCAGGAAUACUUCAGGAAUUUUGGAGAAAUCCAAUAGAGAAGUUGUAAUAGAAAAACCUAGAGCAAAUGAAACCAAUAUUCCUUCAGAGCAAUUGCUACCAGGAAAAGAGGCUACCUUACUAGAUUUUGGCUGGAGAAGUGCAUUUAAAGAAGUGUCUCUUCCCAUGGCGCACUGCAUAGUAACUGCAAUUGAAGGUUUUUCCACAAAAAUUCUCCAACAGGAACAGAAUGAAAGGUCUUCAGCUGUGAGCUAUGCUAUGAACCUUGUAAAUGUCCAGCAAGUUUGGCAAGACAGCUGUAUGUUUCCUGAGGAGGAACAACCAAAGAAAAUUGGAAAAUUUUGUUCUGACAUCAUGGAAAAACUUGACACAAUGCUUCCAAUGGCUCUGGCAUGCAGAGAUGAUUCUUUUCAGGAAAUUAGAGCAAACUUGGCGGAGGCCUGUUGUAAAGUGGCAACAGCUGUCCUGCAGAGACUGCAAGAGAGAGCCAAGGAGGUUCCUUCCAAAGCACCCCUGAAAAACUUGCACACAUACCUCUCCACGGCAGUGUAUGUCUUCCAGCAUUUCAAGCGAUAUAAUAAUUUGAUGAAGGAAAUGACUAAAAAACCCAUAUUCCUGGUGCCUGUCCAACAAUAUCAGGAAUUCAUCAACACUCUACAGUUUCAGGUUACGAACUACUGCGUCAGAGUUUGUGCUACAAGCAUUUUACAGGAUGCUGAGAGCCACCACUGGGAUGACUACAAAGCUUUUUAUGAGGGGGAAAGAUGUUCCUUCUCAAUCCAGAUGUGGCAUUAUUUCUGCUGGUCUCUUCAUUACGAUCUCUGGACCAUUCUGCCUCCUAAGUUAGCCCAGGAGAUUCUAGCGGAAGUGCUGGAGAAAUCUUUGAGUCUGCUGGCCUCCAGAUACGCUCGGGCCCACCCCAGCUGUAAAAGAACUCCACAGUUAAGACUUGAUGUCACAACAAUUUUGAUAUGCACUGAGAACAUGUUAUGGUCAGUUUGUACAUCUGUACAGAAACUUUUGAAUCCUCAUCAGCAUACAGAUGAUAAAAUUUUUAAAAUUCACACUCAUUGUAAUAAUCUGUUUACGACAUUAGUCAUUUUGACUUCACCAUUACCAGAAUUAUAUAAGACUUUUCAGCAUGGCCUGGUUGAGUCUGCCUCAGAUUCCUUAAAAUCAUUUUUUAAGCAACCAUUAUAUUGGGUUUCUUGCAUAUCACAUUUCUACCCUUCUUUACUCAGGACUCCAUCAGCUGGAGGACUGAAAGCCGAGGGUCAAUUGAAACUGCUCUUAUCCCAGCCAGGUUGUAACUGGAAUUUGCUUCUGGAAACCCUACUGCAUCAUGAUGGACUUUUACUGAGAAUCUUGCUGAAGAGCUCAAAACAAGUUUCUGACACAGAAAAUAACCUGAACCAAGGACCCAGCUUGGUGGAAGCCAUCUUUAAAAUAUUGUACCAUUGCAGUUUUUCUCCACAAACAUUUGCAAAUGUUUUUGUGAGCUACAUGGAAGAAGAGCAAUUAUGGGACUUUUUAUGUAACAUCCCAGUCUCAGCAUGCGUGGAGUACGAGCUGGAGGUCAUCCGAUGCUUGAGACUGGCACUGACCGAUGCCGUCAAGGACACUGUACAGCAGAUAGUAUCUGUGAUGAGUUCUAGGAGAAACUGUGAGACAAACCUAAACAAGCACAUUGUUCCUGAUUGUUUGCUUGAGAGCAUGCCAAAAGAAUGGAAUUAUAGUCCAAAAGAAACUAACAGGAAAGAAUCAUGCAAAAGCUUCACAAGGCUUGCUGCUCAGGCAGUAUCUAUUGUAAUCAGCAAGUUACCUACGGUGAUUGCAUGUUUGCCUCCCCCAAUUAAAUACUUCUUUUUUCUGUCUGAGAGAAAAAUGUCAAAAAACUUUGUUGAAUUGAAGAAAGCUGGCCUGCUUGUCUGGAACUUGAUUGUAAUUAUAUGUCGGAUAUUUGAGGACGGAAACAGUGUGGAACUUUUAACAGGUGCCUCCCUUGACAGAUGGAGUAAAGAAAAACUGGGUUUAAUUUGUAUGUGUUUGGAAAGCAUCAUGGGCGACCAGACAAGUAUCCCUAAUCAAAUGAUCCAAAAGGUCAUACAGAGCAUUGAGCAGCAGAAGCCCAACUGGAUUGAACGUCAAUUGUUGAAAGCAAGGAAACUGAGCACUGAAUGUGCAUUCAUGACAAUAGAGAAAAGCACGGCCUUACAAGAAGGAGAUAUUGCUCUUGAACUGACUGAGCAGAAAAUAAACACGAUGGUCCUGGAUCUCUGCCACAAACCAGGUGGCAGCGAGUACCUGAGGCAAAUUUAUCACAUCAUGCAGCUCAAUGAGGAAUAUUUAAGAGAACAGCUGUUUUCUAUGAAUAGUUCAGAGGAAAAGCCAUUACCCAUCCGACCUUUAAAGACGACCUUGAGGAGUAUAGAUCAGCCUUCUGCCUUUAACCCUUUCCAUGUGUAUAAGGCGUUUAGUGAAAACAUGCUAGAUCAGUCAGCCAUCACAAGAUGGAGCUGGAAUUGGACAAAGUUGCUGCCAAAUUAUCUGGGACUGGAUAAGAUGACCUUCUGUGUGCUGCUCAAAAACAGGUGGGAAAUGAAGAAGGACGAAACACUAGAAGAGGAAGAGAAAGCAAUGCUGGAGCACUUAAAACAAAUUUGCACCCCACAGAACUCUUCUGCCUCAGAUAACAUAGAGGAACAGUAAUCUGCAGAAAACAGCAACAGCUUUAUUUUAGGAAACAAUCCCAUGUAAUGGAGUAGGAUUUUUACCAUAGUCAGAAUGAACCUCAUAUGUGCUGUGAAGCAUGAAACCAAUGACUGAGUAAUCUCUGUACUGAAAAGGAAUACAGCACAUAAAGAAUAAGGUGCUACAUAUUUUUUAUUUUAAAAAUAAUUUCGAAUGUUUUUCUUUCCCCAAUCUUUCUCUUUAUAUGAUAUAACUGCUGCCAUCUCGUGUUCCCUUUGAAUUAUUUUUUUCUCCUUUCAGUCUUGAAGUAUCUAUGACAACAGGCAAAAAUGUUCGGAAAUUUUUUAAAGGAUUUUUUAAAUACAACAUUUGGAUGUUAAGUUGAGUGGAGUCACAUAGCCCCGUGAGGUCAUCUGAAAUUUUUAAUUUAAUUUUGUUGUAGCUGUAGCCCAAGUCCCAAUCUUAAUUGCCUUUACUAUCCACAAUUGUGCCAACUUUCCUCAUUCAAUUUAUCUAAUUACAGUCAAAAAAAAAAAAAAAAAAAGCAUUCUCCUGAACUGUAAUUUUAGUCACACCUCUGCUUGUAGUGGUUUUCAGUCUUACUCCUAAACCAGAAUCAAAUUUCUAUUCAUAUAUAUUCAGGUCCUAUACCAAAUGGCUCCAUGUUCAGACAAUUGCUUGCCAUCUUCUUGGUUCAAGUCACAUGCUUGCCAUGUUUUCCCAAUCAGAAUCCAUCUUUCUUCCAAAAUUAGGCUCAAAACUAAUUCCAGCAAUCUUUACCCCAAAGCUCAUUAGCUCAUAUAAUGUGUUACUUUAAAAAUUUUUCAUUAUAUUGAUACACACACACACACAAUAAGAAAACAGAACAUGCUCUAGUACCCUCUCUGCCAAGGACAAUUAUAGAUAUUUAUUAUUUCCUUCCUUUCAGUGCCUGCUAUUAGAUUAUAAAGACAUUGAAGAUAUUAUGAUAUAAUAUGAAGUCUCCCUUUAUAACUCCCUAUAUGCCUGCUACAGUGUUAUUUCAUCAAGUGGACAGUUAACGAACACAAUUGAUUAAAUAGCUGCCAAUGAAAGAAAAAGACAACAAAGAGAAUUGCAUGGUUGGGCAGUCUAAGAACGUCUGGGAGAAGCCUUAUAUCUUUUUUUUUGU